CAUUUAGGCCAGCCCAGUUAUCACAACAAACCUAGCCCACAAACAAUGAAGCAAAGACCUUAACUGUUAUAACUAGGGUUAGGGUUUCACGCCGACCGCAGAACUCACCACACAAAUCAAGCAAAUCACACAGCGGCAGUAACACUUUUCACAGCAAAAUGAAGGUUGUUGCUGCAUAUUUGCUCGCUUUGUUGGGAGGUAACACCUCUCCGUCUGCUGAGGAUUUGAAGAGCAUCCUCGGUUCAGUUGGAGCUGAUUGCGAUGAUGAUAAAAUUGAAUUGUUGCUGUCAGAGGUUAAGGGUAAAGAUAUCACUGAACUAAUUGCAUCAGGAAGGGAAAAGUUAGCUUCAGUUCCUUCAGGAGGUGGCGGUGUUGCGGUUGCUGCUGCAGCUGGUGGUGGCGCUGCCCCUGCAGCCGCCGCCGCUGCUGAGUCAAAGAAAGAAGAAAAGGUCGAAGAGAAAGAAGAGUCUGAUGAUGACAUGGGAUUCAGUUUGUUUGACUGAGGAGGAUCUUGGAAUCAAGUAUUUUCUUGUUUCAUCAAUAUUAAUUUUUUGAUGGUUAUUUUCUUAGUGUUGUGCCCAAAUUUUGAAUUUUGUAUGACCUUGCAAAAGUUUAUCAUGACAUUUAGUAGUCUAAAUUGUUUUUAUUUGAGUAAAAUGCACGGAUAGUCCCUGUGGUUUGUUAAAGUAA